UCACACAAACGGGCUCGUGAAUUGCGUAUGUGAUUGAAGCAACCAGGUCUGAUCGCGGAACGACGCUUCAAAGAGCAGCACGACUGUCGACGCGACACCAUGGACGAGGGCGGCCAAGGACACAGCGAGGGCCCGAUUACUAGUUCUAGUUCCACUGGCAAGCUUCGGCCUCGCAGCCCCACAGCAGUAUCGAUCCUGGCGUUUGGGGACUCGUUGACAGAGGGCUACACGGACUUUGGAGUACGAUUUCACUCUUACGGAUGUACGUUCAUUUCUGGCUAUCCCUUCAUCCGCCCCUUUUACGACCGCGACAAGUAGAAUAACCGUUGUUUCUUUUCCUUGUCGAAAAGCCACCCUUGCGAGGCGCAGAAACUGCUGCGCAAGCAUCGCUUUUCGGGUCGGGCAGAUUCUCCACGACGGCCGCGCUGCCUUUGCUGAGAAAGGUCCCAACUGUCCGGAAUCGAUGAACUCGGGUACGAGUGGGGCUGCCUCUUCGUCGUCGUCGUCGUCGCAGAAGCUUCGGCUUCAUGAGGAGGCGAAGAUACGAAUUCUCGCGUUCGGCGCCUCGCUCGUGGCGGGAUACACCGAUCACGGGCGACGAUAUCAUCCGUAUGCACUGGCGUUGAAGCCGGCGCUUCAAAAGCUUUGUCCGGGGCUCAAGAGGGUCACGGUCGACGUGGAAGGUCAGAGCGGGGACUGCGUCCUGACCUCACUGCGUGGAGAGUUCCAAACCCGGUUGCAGCACGCCGCACCCGCGGGCAAGACGAAAUACGACCUCGUCAUUAUCUUGGGCGGCACAAACGAUCUCGCUUACAAGCUCGAUAGAGGCCUCGAAGGGGCCGAGGAGAUCUUCGAGCAUGGCUUGAAGGUGCUGUACGACUACGUUCUUGGAAGCACAGACGCGAGCCUGCUCGUCAUGACCGUGCCGGAGCGAGCCAUCGACAAGCAGAGCUCGCCGCUGGCAAAGCGCGCUCGAGAGGCCAGGGAGCACCUCAACAGCUUGAUAAAGCGGUGGGCGGCGGAGCAAAAGGAACGCGUCUUUCUGAUGGAUCUGGCGCCCAUGGUGCCGUUCCCGGCUAGCAACAACGACGACGACGAUGGCCAGCCUGGCAAGGGUUACUGGAGCCCCGAUGGGCUGCACAUGUCGGUCGCCGGAUACGACUUUGUGGGCGAGCAGCUCGCGGGAGUGAUCCACAAGCUGCUGAGCGACUAGGUGGUUGAAGAAUAUGAGCGAUUACAGACGACCUUAUAAUCCAGCACUUGACGUAGACUGAAACGAAAACCUCUACAAACACACACAAUAAAAAAAAGACUUUCAUCUCUUCCUCGUUGACGGC